AUGGAAUCCGAACUAACUAAGUUUUAUAAAGAAUGUGUGCUUCCGGAAAUAAUAGAUAGUCGAAAAAAUCGCAACAUGAAAAUUCGCGAACCAAGCUACAUUCUUGAAGCUCAGAUAAAAGCACAACAGAAAAAAGAAAUGAAAACGAAAAAUUCAACAGUAGAAGAAGUUGAAGAAGUAGAAGAAGUAGAAGAAGUUGACGACGACAGUUUGGAUGCAUCUUCUGCAUUAAUUAAACAAUUAUUGUUCGAUAUAGCUGAGAGUGAAGAUAUUGGAGUUAUUGAAAAUAUUUGGCAGCUAUUGCAAGUUAAAUUAAUUGCCAUUAGUGGUGUGAACGAACAUUGA